AUGUAAUUUAAUGAAGACACAAAGAAGUUCUUGACUCCUGAAAUGAUGAAAUAGAUGUCAUAAAUGUGUGCGGGCAUGAGUGAUGAUCAAUUGAGACAGUAUGCCUAGAUGGCAGGAAUGGGGAACGUGGAUCCUUCAUUCGUGAGACAACAAAUGGGUCAAGUCAAAAAUAUGAGAGAUGAGGAUCUUGAAAGAUAGGUCAAUCAAACUCGUCCAGAGGACAUAGAAAGAGCAAAAUAAAGAAUUUAGGGACAACAACCAUAACCAUAAUAAUAGUAGCAAAAACCAUAGAGUGACUAAUUUCCAAUAAUUAACAAAUUAAAAAAUUAAGGAAAUGAUGCAUUCAAAUUACAGGAUUAUGAGAAGGCAGCAUCCAAAUAUUAUGAAGCCAUAUCUGAAAUUGAAGAAUUAUGGGAGAAUAAUGCUUAUUUGAAAAGUGACACAAUUAAAAAAUAAGAAUUGAAACUCUUGGAACAUUCUUGCAGAUUAAAUUACUGUAAUGUGAAAGCUAAACAAUCCUAAUAUGAUGUCGUGUUACGUUAAGCCAAGAAAGUCUUAGAAGAUGAUGAUUAGAAUGGAAAAGCCAAUUUCAGAAUGGGUCAAGCUCUCUUUGAAACAAAAAGGUAUCACGAGGCUCUUAAGUAUCUGGAGAUUGCAUCUCAGAAAUUAUCAAAUGACGAAACAGUUCAAAUUAUGUAUAAACAAGCCAAAGAACAAAUAAGUAAUUUAAAUGCAAAUCCUGCUGCAUAAUAGGAAGAGAAGGGAAAUUAAAAUGAAUAACCUUAGUAAACCUAAAAACAGCAAAAAGAAAACUAAGACAUCUAGGAGUAACAAUAAAAAAAACCAAAAAUCAAAUUGUCCUCUGUUGACACCAACUCUGAGGAAUUCUAAAAUUUAAAGUAGAAGGUACAAACUUCUAAAGAAGAUGGUUUAAUUGUUGAGGAGGAGGUUUAAACUACAAAAAGUACAAGUAAUAAACCGAGUACUCAAUAAACUGAAUCUCAAAAUGUAAAUAAAAUACCAGAAGAUCCACAAUUUCAAUAGUAAUUCGACUAAUUUAAAAAUAUGUCUCCUGAAUAAUUAAAUUACAUGACCAAUACUUUGAAAUCUAUGGAUAAAGGAUUUUUGAAAUAAAUGAUGAAAUAGUAGAGUGGAGUAGAAAUGUCAGAUUAAUAAAUAGAGAUGAUGUAAACUAUGAUGACACCUGAAAUGUUAUCAUAAAUGAAAAAUAUAGAUCCAGCAGUUUUAAAAUAGUAAAAAUUAUAAUAAUAAUAAUAACCAUAAUUCUCAUAAUCCUCAUAAUAAUAACAACCUAUUUAAUCAACUUAAUAAUCAAAUUAUCAAAAUGUUCCUUAAGCUCAAUCUGCUACUUAAUAAAUGCCAUAAAAUCUGUAAGGAUUAGCCUAGAAUCCUUAAAUGCUUGGAAUGGUCAUCGAUCAAUUAAAGGCUAAUCCCUAAAUGCUAAAAAUGAUGGCUCCUGCAUUUGGUGGCAACAAUGCUAUUACAUAAUAUAUAGAUUCUGCAAGUCCAGAGUAGUUAUCAAAGGUCGUGGGUAGAUUGGCCAUAUUCUUAAAGUUUUUAUUAAUGUUGUAUCGAGCAUGGUUGAUGGUGAAAAAUCAAUGGAAAUUUAUAUUGGGGUUCCUCUUGGCAUACUUAUAUUUUAAAUUAUUUUGA